AUGUCGUCGUCCCACCCGAAAGAUGAGUCGCCCGCCCCCAGCGACGAGUCGCCCAGCCCCAGAGAUGGGUCGCCCGACCCCAAAGACGAGUCGGACAGUGCCCAAGACAAGGCGCUUGCUGCCCCCGCGGCAGCCGACAGCGACGGCGAGGACGGCGGCGACGGCGACGACGACGACGACGACGACUACAUGAACAUGAUCAUCGAGGAGCCGGGCAAGAAGGAGACGGCGCUGCAGAGACUGCAGCGCGAGAAGCGCGAGAGAGUCGAGCGAAGCCAGAACCACAAGACGAAGCGUGAGCAGGAGGAAGAAGCAGCCGCCACCCGCGAGGCCGCCCUGAACAAAGCCAUUGACAGCUCCAACAAGGGCUUCAAGAUGCUGGCCAAGAUGGGCUUCAAAGAGGGCGGCAAGCUGGGCAAGAGCGACUACGGCGUUGCCGAGCCCGUCCGGGUCCAGAUCAAGGACGGCCGCGAGGGCAUCGGCAUGGAGUCCGAGAAGAAGCGCAAGCUGCGCGAGGUCUACGAGGAGCACGCGAAGAAGGCCAAGGUUGAACAGGAGACUGAGGAACAGUACUUCGCAAGCAUGGCCCAGGAGCGCAAGAACAAGCGCUCCGAGGGCCAGUUCAUCGGCGCGCAGAAGGCGGCCGAGAAGUUGGACACAGAGCCAGGCGAGGCUACGAAUGCUACCGUUGUUGACAAGAGCACGCCGCUGAAGAAUAUCCCGUUGGUCUGGCGUGGCCUCGUGCGGUUCCGGAUGGAGAAGGAAAGCGAGGGGUUGAUGCGCAAGGCUCUCGGGGAGAGGCUGACGCGCUUACCCACUUAUGACGACGACGAGGAGGACGAAGACGACCAGCUCGGGCUUGGGAAGCAGGCAAAGGCCAAGGUGGUCGUGCACGAGGAUCUUGGCGAGGAAGACACCGAGCUGGAAGAGUUCGAUGCGCUUGAACCGCACAAGAAGCUGGAGAUGGCCGUCCAGUAUCUCCGCGACAAGCACAACUACUGCUUCUGGUGCAAGUACAAGUACGCCGACGAAGAGGAGAUGGAGAGCUGUCCGGGCCUGACGGAAGAGGACCACGACUGA